AUGCCGUCUUCGCCGAAAAUUGUCCAUGGAAUAUUCGCCUUCGGGAGUCUUUCGGCGGCCAUCAGUUCGGUCCUGAUAUCUGUCCGUCUGGGCGCCCUGGAGUACAUCAAGCAGAACUAUAUCGAUGGCCUGUGCGUGGACGUAUGGGACGGGUUUUUCCGGUCGCCUCUGAAUCUAUUAGCGAUAACCUUCCUCUUCUACCUGCCGUUCCACUGUCUGAGCAUCCGGGCGCCGGCGUCGAUGCUGUUCUUCACAGGAAUCAUGGCCAUUCCCUCGGCCCUGUUCUUCGUCGCCACCUUCCUCGAGCUCAUGCCCAUCGUCCUCCCCCUCGGGGCGGUCCUACACGCACUGGCCCUCUUCGGACUCAACGAACUCCGACUUGCCAGGCAGCCGAAGCCCCUCCGCCCGUCCGUCUCCUUCUCUUCGCCUCCUUCCGACCAACCCAAAAAAAAAACUUCAAAAUCCGACCUGCUCAGGCUCACCCGUAACCCUCCCGCCGAACGGCCCCAGUCCCUGAAUCUUUCUCCUUCGCCUUCUCUGAAACACUCUCAUCAGAAAUCAAAGCCCGGCCCCCCUUCCCCGAUCUCCAAACGUAAACGACGCGAAUCUUAA